AUGAUCAAGGACCUUCUUGGUCUAUUCAAGACCGAGAUUAUUCAAGUUCAAGUUAUUUUGACCAAUACAGAUCUCUUUCAACCUAAGCAAGAUGAGUUUAAGGCAGAACCUAUGACAAUAAGAAUAGACGACCCUCAGAAAAGCACGGACGGUUCUUUUAUCACUUAUAGAGUAUUUACGAUGACAGCACUUGAAAUUUAUUCUGUGGAUAAUAGGCCUGUACGACGACGAUUUCGAGAUUUUUUAUGGCUACAUAAUGCAUUGACCAUUGAAUUCCCAGCUUGUGUAGUACCGCCCUUGCCUGAAAAACAUCGCAUGAAAUAUGUAAAAGGAGAUCGAUUUGACCCCAUGUUUAUUGAACACAGAAGAUUAGCAUUACAGUGGUUUAUGGAUAGAAUAGCAAGGCAUCCUUUGUUUCAAGCAUCACAAUAUACAAGACUCUUUUUAGAGUCUACUGAUUUUUCAUUGGUCAAAGUCAAAAAACCUGAUCAAAAGUUUGUUGAUAUGAAAGAAACGAUUGAUAAGUUUGAAGACAAUCUCAAUAUUGUAGAAAAGUUGUAUUCAAGAAUAGGCAAACGACAACAAGGCCUUGAACAGCAUUACACUCAUUUUGCUGGCAGUAUUCGGGGACUAUCAGCAUUAGAAACCAAUGUAGAUCAACCACUUAGGCAAUUUGCAGAAGCAACUGAAUCUUAUGUUGAAGGAUUAAAACAAAUGAGAGAACAAGAAGAUUUGAUGUUUCUGAAUGAUGUGCAUGAAUUACUAAACUACUGUAAUGCAACCAAAGAACAAUUAUUAGAAAGAGAUCAAAAGCAAGUUCAGUUUGAAGAUCUUUCUACUGCUUUACAGUCGAUUGUGUUGGAAAGAGAAAGAGUUUUGUACCCUGGCAAGAAUUUAGGACAUGGACCACAUCAUAGUGGUACAAUCACUGAAUUCAUGACAGAUAAAAUGAUGGACAAUGGUAGAGCAAGACAUGAACGCCUUCAAGAAGAAGUAGCCAAAGCCAAUGACGAGAACAAUCAAUAUUCAAACCAAAUGGUCAAAGAAUUUGAAAUAUUCCAAAAAGCAAGGGAAUCUGAAUUGAAACAAGGAUUGGCUGCUUAUGCUGAUUGUCAUAUUGAUUUUUAUAAAAAGAGCAUAUCUAUAUGGGAGAAUAUUUUACCAGUAUUGAAUCAAAUGCAAUUAGAUCAAGACUAA